GGUCUAGAAUGGCUCAAAGCAUUUCACAGAACAAACAAAAAAAAACUCAAUAUCAAGUCAAAGAGAGAAGUAUUAAGAUGGAUGACUAAAAGCUUGGUCAAACUCUCAAAAAAGCUAUCAAAACAAAACUAUCUUGAAGGAAAUACAUCAGCUCAAGAAACAAUUCUCAAAAUAUAAGUGCUUUCCUACUGCUGUUGGGUUGUGUGGAACAACAAAGUAACUUUGACUGUCAACAGUUCUACAAAAGACCAGCAGCAACAGCGAUUUCCAACAUAAAGCAAACUUUGGCUGAAAAGUGUCUUGAGACAUCCUCAGGAUGUGAUGAUGUAAUACAGAAAUGCAAAUUAAUUUGAUUCUUCAGUCUUUCUGUCACAAGACGCAGAAAGUCUGAGCAGUGAAUGGUCUGUUUGGGAGAGGUUCACCAGCUGCUGAGGAAAGAGCCAUAAUAAUGUUAUCAGGUCUCACACUACUCGCAUGUUUCCUAUUUUAUCUCUCUACCCAUCCAGCUAUCAUCUGGGGAAAUGAAUUUAAGCCAGCAGCAGCCUCGCCGAUUAUCCACAAUAAGCCAUUUAUUGUGGUUUGGAACACACCUACAGCGGGGUGUAAAACAAAAUUUGAUGUUGAUUUGGAUCUGAGCGUCUUUGAUAUUGUUGAAAAUGCAAAUGAGACCUUUGUUGGAAAGAAUAUCACCAUAUUUUACAAAAACAAAUUAGGACUUUACCCAUACUACACCAGUGAGAGGGUUCCAGUAAAUGGUGGUCUUGUGCAGAACACCAGUCUGUCCAACCACCUCAAAGUAACUUCAGAUGACAUUUCCACUGUACUGGAUAAAGACUUCCAUGGGCUCGCAGUGAUAGAUUGGGAAGAGUGGCGACCACUUUGGGAACGUAACUGGGGCCUUCUGCAUAUCUACAAGGAAAAGUCCGCAGAACUAGUAAGAAGCAAAUACCCCUAUUUACCAGAAAGUAAGAUUCUCCAGAUUGCCAAAGAGGAAUUUGAAAAUGCUGCACAAGAUUUUAUGAAGCAAACAUUAAAACUAGGACAGACUCUGAGACCAAAGGGUCACUGGGGCUAUUACAAAUUUCCAGACUGCUAUAAUUACUUUAAAGAAAAUGAAGCUAACAAUUACACAGGUCAUUGCAAAAAGGAAGAUAUCCCUAGAAAUAACGAGUUAGCAUGGCUCUGGAAGGCAUCGCGAUGCCUUUAUCCAAGUAUCUACAUCCCUGAGAAGCUAAAAUCCUCAAAUAAUGCUCAAAAGUUUGUUCACUACAAGAUUAAGGAGGCUCUCCGUGUUGCUGCCCUUGAUUCAGCCAAUGAUGCUCUGCCUGUUUUGGUUUACUCCAAAUACUCAUACAUAAAAAGACUUGACUUCCUGACUGAGGUAAGCAAGACAUUGUUCCAAAAUAAGUCAAAUGGCUGA